GAUGUCAUAAUGCAGUUGGGAACUCAUAACUGUCCCCCUCAUUUUAUUCAUGCCAGACUUUGGGAAGUAGAGAAAUCAAGGCUAAUGAACCAUCUAGAGAUAAGCCAUGGGGCUCAGAUUUUGUACUCACGGCAAUUUAAUUGUACUUGUAACUGAAGAUGUUGAAGAAAGAACCGAAUGGAAGAAGACGGAGAAGCAGAAACUCAAGAAAACUUUUAAAAAACAAACAAAAGCAGCUACAGAGAUCCAGGCCUGGUGGCGUGGCACCCUGGUACGCCGGACAUUGCUGCACGCAGCCCUCAGGGCCUGUAUCAUUCAGCGCUGGUGGAGGCUGACCUUGGAUAGCCUGCUGCAGAAGAAGCGAAGGCAAGCCCUGGUCACCUAUGCAAAUACAGUGAGGGCCGUGGUCAAGAUCCAGUCCUUGGUCCGUAUGUGGCGUAUCCACUGGCGAUACCGUCAGGUGCUCAAUGCCAUCUAUGUCAUUCAGUGCCACUGGCAAUGCCACAACUGCCAUACCUGUGCUCUCCUCCGGGGCCACUGUGUAGUCACAGCCACUCACCUACAGUUCCACAUUGAGAUCAUCAACCCCUAAAGGUUGGCAAGAAGGGGCACUGUGUCUCCUGUCCCCAGUAAAAGUUUAACCUGG